UGUCAAACAAGUGGUAUAAUUUAAACGUAAAUACAAUCGUCUAACAUCUCUGAUUAUGCAAGAGUUUUGUUCAGGCGGAUGGCUAGUUGAAAAACCGAAGGCAAACAAUGACUCUGUUCCAGCAACCACGCUGGCUUCGCAGAUGGAUCCGACGUCGGAUGAACCCACUGCCAAUCGAUAAGGCCGCACGUUGGAAGGGUAGACUGAGUAUCGUCUAUGGACUGUUGGCCUGGAAUGCGCUCGGAUUCGUUGGCUACAUGGUAUACACCGGCAAGAACGAUUGGGCCAGGUACUACGGGUACAAAACGGCCGAGGAGGAAGCUAUGCCGCAGGCUGUCCGGUUUGCUAAGCAGCUCAAUUUGCCAAACGCGCAAGUUCUAAAGUUUAGUGGAUUUUCGAAAACGGAUGAAUACGAAUUGAAAGACAUGGAGAUCAUAAGGAAGGAAGAAGGCGUGAAGAAGGUUUCAGAAUGAACCAACGGUUAUUAGGUUUAUUGUAGAUAUAGUUUUUAUAUAUUUCCGAUAUUAUAAUAAAACAUACAUUAAAAUA